AGGCGGUGGCGGAGGUGGAGGAGGACAUGGCGGAGGCGGUCAUGGCGGAGGAUUCGGAGGAGGACGAGGUGGCGGAUUCGGAGGCGGAAGAGGAGGUGGCUUCGGAAGAGGUGGUUUCGGAGGCAGGGGGCCAGGAUUCGGCGGACCAGGUCGUGGAGGUUUCAGAGGAGGACCACCCGGUGGUUUCAGAGGUGCACGGCCAUUUUACGGCUACGGAGGAUACGGCGGAUAUGGUGGGUACGGCGGAGUUCUUCCCGUGCCUCUGCCUGUUCCUUAUCCCGCAACCUAUAGCCGAUGCUACUACGACAAUUACUACUAUAACUAUUACUACUGCUGAUGUGAUACGGUUAUGGAUGGUUUAUUUAUACAAAUUACAAUCAACACGUUGUUUUAGUUACAAAGAUUAUGUAAAGUUACCCAGAAAUUCGGGCUGUAGACAGUUCUCUAAAUAUUCCAUAUCUCAUACAACUUAUUGUUUUGAUGGUCUCCGGUGUGUGGUUCCUGUUUUCCCCACCCAGCGAUCAGGGAUCCUUGUGGAGUGGCAGAGCUUAAGCCUAGUCAAAAAUUAAUCCCAUUAAAAUGCAAUCUACAUAUGCGCAUAUAGAUAAACUUAAGCUACAGACUAGAUAUGAGUACGAAACGUUGAUGAUGCGUUCGUUGUGGCAGACUAUUCGAUUGGUGACGAGAGAUCAGUGGGUAUAAUUAUAUCAAAAUAGUGUCUGAACCAAGUAAACAAAGUUUGGUGAGGAAGCAUCAUUUGAAAGACUUAGUACCGGAGCGAUUUCUUAAAGAUAUGGAGUGGUCUUGAAACUAACUUAAUCACAAUCCUUUUGCCCAUCUGAUCUCACCUAGUGCAAUAUUUCAAAUCAAUUUGCAUAUGUUAGUAUAAAAGAGUGUGUAAUAAGGUGGUUUGAAUUCAAAUAUUGUAGUCUAGGAGUGCCAUCUAUGGAGUACUAAGAAUGUAUACAUAAUUUUCAAUUAGGGGUUCCUUGGAUAAAAUAACAAAAUAAUUCAAUUUCUUAAAAAGUAAAUUUAAACUCACUUUAAAAGAUAUACGAAUGUGCCAAUCAUUUUUAAAUAAAGUUCUAAUAAAACAUUGGAUUUAACUUAA